GCAACUGGCCACCAUUGAUCGGUAGGUAGGAGGGGGCGCGGCGCCGACCACGGACCCGGGUGAACAAAGUGGGAGGACAAAAGCGGUGUGACGCGCCGCAAGUGUUGUGGUCGGCGAGCGGCGACGAGUCACGAGGCCUGCCGGCACGACACGUUGCGCGUUGAGUCAGCGCCGGGGCGUGGCCUGGCUGCAGUGACGCCGUCCGUCGGCCGCUCGGCACUCGCUCGCCCGGCGCGGCUGGUUCUGGCCGCGUGGUGUCUGUGUGCCGCCCCGCUCACCCAACCGACGGCUGGCGCCGACCACUGUACGCUAGGCCCACCGGUCGCCAUCAUGGAGCAAGUCAGCAACCACCAGAGCAAGGCGGCCUCGGACCUGUACCGGGUGCUGGCAGAGGCCAGCGCCGACAAUGUGUUCCUCUCACCCUUCAGCAUCAGCACGGCGUUGUCGAUGGUGUUCGGAGGAGCGGACGGCAACACCGCUCUCCAGAUGCAGCAGGCUCUGGCGCUACCCAAGGACAGCGCAGAGCUACACAACGGCUACAGUGGGUUACUGAGGGCGCUGCAAGAUCCGCCGAAUAUCACACUGAACACGGCCAACAAGCUGUACGUGCAAAACGCGUACAAAAUCUUGGACACCUACUCUGGUUUGCUGCAGAAGCAGUAUUUAAGUGAGCUGAAGAGCGUCGACUUUGGUGACGCCGACGGUACAAGCAAGCUGAUAAACGGUGACGUGAACAGUACGAAAGGGAAGAUCAAAGAUCUUAUCGAUCCGAGUGCGCUGAACUCGCUGGUUCGGCUCGUGUUGAUAAACGCCAUCUACUUCAAAGGGUCGUGGCAGGAGAAGUUCGACAAAGAAGCAACAAGCAAGCGAGACUUUUUCGUCAGCCCGAAAAAACGCUGUCAAAACCGACCUGAUCUGACUUGUCCAAAAUCUUCCGGUGCCAGGGAUCUUUUUGUCUCCAAGGUGGUGCACAAGGCGUUCAUCGAGGUCAACGAAGAGGGGAGCGAGGCUGCCGCUGCGACGGGCAUGGUCAUGAUGAUGCGCUGCAUGCCCAGCCCUGUCGAGAAGUUCGAAUUUAUCGCCGACCAUCCAUUCUUCUUCGCCAUCGUGGACACCGAGAAUGGCCUGACUCUGUUCUCGGGUCGCUACGUCAAGCCCGAAUAG